AUGAGUCUCCUCGCCCGCCUUGGCAAGGCUAUCGUCACCUUUGUCUUUAGCUGCGCCGUCCACGUCCUCACGUCUAUGAUUCUCUGGCCCAUGAUGCACGCCUUGGGAGUGUGCCCCCUCAUCGGUCCCAUCUCGCAAGUCGCUUUCAGCUAUUUCAUUUCCAAGCUCGUCGGCGCCAUCCUCCUCGCCGCCGUUGGCCGUAACUUCCCUCAGGUGGCCGCCGCAGCCGGCUACGUCCCUCAGCCCUUCAUCAAGACCAUUGUCCACUCGGCCGUCGUCGCCAGCGUGUGCGCUGUGAAGGACGCCGCGCGCUGUGCGUGA